CCCCCGUAUCAGAUUGUUAACAUCGAACCAUAAGUUCCACACCAAAGCAAAACACCACACACCAAAUAACAUCUCUUCUCAUUGGAUCACAACAAUAAUUAGCCCUCUACUUUCCAACCAGCUUGGAGGAGAGAUCGAUCGAGCAAAACAACAACAACAACUCAUUGUCCAAUGGAGAGGUCCGGAGUUGGAACAGGAGCAGGAGGAGAACCCAACACCAACAGCAAAAGCAGCAACUUCCAGUUCCCGCCGGGCUUCCGGUUCCACCCUUCCGACGAGGAGCUCAUCGUCUUCUACCUCCAGAACAAGGUCACCUCCCGCCCCUUACCCGCCGCCAUCAUCGCCGAGGUCGAUCUCUACAAGUACAACCCCUGGGAGCUUCCAACGAAGGCGCUGUUCGGGGAGGAGGAGUGGUACUUCUUCAGCCCGAGGGACAGGAAGUAUCCGAACGGGGCGAGGCCGAACAGGGCGGCCGGGUCGGGUUUCUGGAAGGCGACGGGCACGGACAAGCCGAUACUGUCGACGUCCGGAUCGAAGAGCAUCGGGGUGAAGAAGGCGCUGGUGUUCUAUUCCGGUAGGCCGCCGAAGGGAGUGAAGACCGAUUGGAUCAUGAACGAGUACAGGUUGUUGGAUCCAACCAUUAAACCUUCGAGGAUGAAAGGCUCCAUGAGGCUGGACGACUGGGUGCUGUGUCGAGUUCGACAGAAGGGUGCCAUUACCAAGAACCCAUUCGACCUCCAACUCGCCGGAGGCAGCCCUGUGAAGGAAACAGUCCGGUUCCUGCCAAUGUCGUCGGAACAAGACCUAAACCCGCGCCCUUCUCCUCCGCCGUCUUACAUGAACUGCGACAACGACAUGAUACGAGACUGUCUCAACCAGGACUGCCGCGUCCUGGCCUCCCUCCUCGUCGGCCAGACCUUGCCCUCCAUCGACGCUACAACUGCGAAUAAUAAUAAUGCUCAUAGUACCAUUAAUCCCACCAGUAACAACAACAACAACAACACCACUGACUUCAUCGGGGCAAGCUCUCCGAUAACAGUAGCAGUCUCUUCCUACGACAACUACAUGACCACCACCAGCCCGACGAUGAAGAGGAAGCUUAGCGACGAUGGGGAGACGUUGAUCAACGACUUCCUAUCCUCGCCAGCGCUCAAGAAGUCGAACAACAAUAACAACGAUGUAAACCAGCAGCAGUCUCAUGAUCAGGAAGAUGGCAGUGGUGGAUUCUACAGCGAGGACGCGAUGGACCCCAUGAUCGGGUUCCUGGAGCUGAACGAGUUCGGCUUCUCUGGUAAGUAUGAUCUGGAGUGAAUCUUGCAGCUGCAUGCAAGACAAUGUGUGUACAGACUACAGAGGGGAUGGAAAUGCAGGCAGGCAUAUCCACCAGCAGGUUCAUGGAGAAACGAGGGGAGCAGUAAUCGAUCAACUGAUCAAGAAAAUAUGGCAUUCUAUUUAUUUGUUCCCAUCCCAAAACCGAAUUUUGAUAUAAUGCUACACUUACAAUCCAAUACAUCUAGCUAAUUGUGUUUCUGUGUCGCGCUGCAACAAUCGAGUUACUCUUUCUGUGAUCAAGAGUUGCAUUAGUACUAUAUGUGAACACCAUGCAUACACGUUUCUAUCUUGAUGAUAUACAGUAAAAGCAAACAUCAUAU